UGGCCAUGAUUUGAAUAGAAAAAUAUGCAAGAUGAACUCAAGAGAAAAAAAGCUUUGUUCUGAAUUUCUUUCUUGUGUGAGAAAAGAGUGAGGAAAGAUGGCCAUUGUUGAGUCCGUUGUCGAAUCCCUUCUCCAAAAGCUCGAUGACUCGCUCAUUCAAGGAGCCAUUUUCUUACAAGGGGUUCGGGCUCAAGUUAAAUGGCUUCAGGCAGAAUUUAGGCGAAUGCAAUACAACUUCACAUACGGAGAUGCCAGACAGGAAGGAGAUGAAAGAGUGAAGAAGUUUGUGGGGUUAUUGAGAGAUGUUGCAUAUGAUGCUGAAGACGCCAUCGACAUUUAUGUCUUCAAGGUAGCAAGCUUGAGGCGAAGAGGAUUUGUGGGCAGCAUUCGAAGGUACGCUUUCAUCUCCAAGGAGUUGACAGCUCGCCAUGAGGUGGGUUCGAAGAUCAAACAGAUGGGCUUGGAGAUCAAACGGAUGGAGAAUGAAAUCCGUCCAAUCUUCGAAAGUAGGCCUUCUUAUGGAAUUGAAAAUAUAGACGAGGGAGCAGGGACGAGCUCGGCUAGUCUAAGCUUCCAAAACUGGAGUUCUCCUCUUAUUCAAGAGCCAGAUCUUGUUGGCUUUGAGAAAGAUUUAGAGAUAUUGGUGGCCGUCUUGACAAAGGAGUUGUGGCGGUGGCGCCGUUGUGUUGUUUCUUUAGUCGGAAUGGGUGGUCUCGGCAAGACGACUCUUACAAAGAAAGUUUAUAACGACAUCCGUGUUAAGACACAUUUCGACUGUCGCGCAUGGAUUUCUAUAUCUCAACAUUAUGACGUGAGAGACCUUCUGCGGAGCAUUAUAAAUUGCUAUAUGGUGCUCUCAGAAGAGGAGCUCAAGGAAGUGGAGAUAAUGAACGAUUUUCAGCUGAGGAAAAAAAUUUCAGAGUAUUUGCGAAAUAAGAGAUACUUGAUGGUAUUAGAUGAUAUAUGGUCAAACGAAGCAUGGAAUGCUCUCAAGGAUGCUUUCCCAGAUACGAGAAAUAGAAGCAGGGUCAUUCUCACCACGCGCAACAAAGCCAUUGCUUUUCAUGCAGAUGCACGAAUCAAGGCCCAUGAAGUGCAAUUUCUAAACAGUGAAGACAGCUGGGAAUUAUUCUGUAAGAAAACAUUCACAGGACGAGACGGCGGUUGCCCUCCAGAUUUGGAGGAGUUAGCAAGAGAGAUUGUGGAUAAAUGCAAUGGUUUACCUCUUGCGAUCACUGUCAUCGGAGGGCUCUUAUCAAGAAAAGAACUGAGGGAGUGGAAGCAUGUUCGCAAGAGCAUUAAUUGGCAGUUUGUUAACAGAGAAAUCAAAUUCUCUACGACCUAUAAAUAUCCACCCCAUGUCUUCAAACCAUGUUUUCUCUACUUGAGCAUUUUCCCGGAAGACUAUGAGAUCCGCACUAAGAAACUAAUUCAAUUGUGGAUUGCCGAAGGGUUCCUCCAGCAGAGAGGAGACAGUGUAACACCAGAGGAAUUGGGAGAAGAUUUUCUAUUAGAGCUGAUUCGACGAUGUAUGAUCCAAGUUGCAGAAAUAAGCUCAAGCGGGUGUAUUAAAAGUUGUCGUAUCCCGGGUCUCUUGCACAAUCUCUCAAAGUCAGUGGCGGCAGAAGAUAAUUUUCUCAGCAUCUCUGAUGAGAACUCGCAUCCCAUUGCAACCAGAUUGCGUAGACUUGCUCUCCAUCUUCACUUCAAUCCGUAUGUUUACCCCCAAAACUCCUCUGUUCCAAACCUCCGCUCGUUGUUGUGCUUCCAGACUGCAAUGCUGCAGCUUGGCUUUAAAGGGUUUAAACUGCUACGGGUGCUCGACUUAGAGGGCGCAUCACUUACUGAAUUGUCUAGUGAUAUUGGAGAGCUUAUUCACUUGAGGUACUUGGGGUUGAGGAGGACUGAUUUAAAAAUGAUUCCGACAUCUGUUAGGAACCUUCGGAACCUACUGACCUUGGAUAUGAAAUUCACCAGCAUCAACCAAGUACCUGAUGCUAUACAGGAGAUGAAAGGGUUACGACACCUAUAUGCAAAUAGGGAUAUUGUAAUCAGGAAUUCGCAGAUCAUAGAAUCUUUAGUACACAUCCAAACUGUACCAAUGAUGCAUGCCAGUGCCUGGAUGGAGGAGGGGUUGAGCAAGCUGACCAACUUAAGGAAAUUGGGAAUAUCUGGAGAUUUAAGUUUCUGCAACAAUGCAUUAUCCAGCUUCAGCGAACUUCGAUCAUUGCGAGUUGGUUUAGGGAAUUCAAUUCCGGACUUGUUGUCGCUUCCCCGCAAUUUGGUGAAGCUGCAUUUGGAAAGGCGCGUAGAGAAGCUGCAUCAACUUCCACAAAACCUGGCGAAGCUAUCUUUGAGAUGGUCUCUAUUGGAAGAAGAUCCCUUAGCUACACUGGGGAUGCUUGAAAAUCUUAGGACACUCAUAUUAGGCCGCGGUUCAUUUGUCGAGAAGAAAAUGAUUUGCUUAUCAGGAGGUUUUCCUCAGCUCGAGGUCUUGAAACUUGAUUUUUUGGAUGACCUUGAAGAGUGGAGAGUGGAGCAAGGAGCGCUGCCAAGCCUAAGCCGUUUGGCCAUCCGGUCCUGCAGACGACUGAAGAAGCUUCCAGAAGGAUUGCAGCAUGUGACUAGCCUUAAAAUGCUGGAGUCUUCCCUUAUGUCAGACGAAUUCAAAGCUAGGCUUGAGGACUGGUGCAAGAUCCGUGACGUAUCCUUCGUGGACAUCAAAUGAAAUGGGCAUCCUAAGGCCAGUGUUUGGUUUACUUGCUGGGAUCUGCUACGGCAGGUGG